AUGAACGAAGCCGAGUCCUUCGAUUCUAAGAGCAUUCUGGAUCAGGUCGACCAGUAUUUGAGUGACCAGAGCGUGCGCCAGGGCGAACAGCCGGGGGCCGCGCCGUUCCAGGAGCUGAGCUUUCACGCGUUGCCACACGGGCACGAGCACAACCAGGACGCGGAGCACGGUUCCGAGAAGGGCCGGGAGCACGGACAUAGUUUCAGCCAAGGGGACCACAGCGCGCACCUGGGCCAUGGAUUCCAGCUCGAGCUCGAGGUCGCGACGCACUCUCACGUGCGCCCUGACAUGGUGUUCUCGCCGGUCAUAUCGCCUGUGGUGGCUCCCCAGCACCCCUCCCACACGCCAUUUUUGCGCUCACAGGCUUCCGGCAUGAGCGGUGGCGCGAGUACUAAGCCGUCGUUCUCGCCGCUAUCCUCUCCAGCGAUCGACGCGCAAUUUCCGGAGUAUCCGGGCGCGAAACGCGGGUCAUCCUCCUCAUCUUCGAGGGGCAAAAAAACGCCAUUGUCCACGCCUGCGCUGACGGCCACCACUUUCAGUAACUCUUCCGGCUCGAAGGUCGCGAAAAACAGCCCACAGCUCUCGAGCCGCAGGUCUGCUCUGAGCAAACGUAAAAGCGCUGCGACCAACUGGGACGACAUGUUCAAGCUGCCCGACAGUAGUAUCCCACCGCCAUCCGUGCCGCUUUUUGGAAGCGCCCAACAGCAGCAGCAGCAGCAGCAGCAACAGCAACAGCAACAGCCUCAGAAUACCUCUCACUUGCACACUCAUUCGCUAUCGGAGUCUGCAGAUGACACAGUUUCUGGUUCGUGUUCGAGCGCGUCCUCAGUUCGUGCGCGUGCGUCUGGUACGCCGGCGCUGCCAUCAAGGGACCCCGACGGAGCAGGGCACAACGACUUCAAUGUGACGCCCGCGACCCUAAUGAACUACCCCAAGAUUAUUCUGCCGUCCAAUUCCCGCGACGUCGGUUCACACGCGCAGUCGCCGGUACGAGACCAGUCGACUUACGCGCAUUCAGGCAACGGCCACGUAAUCAUGGCGACUGACUCGCCUGUCAUCCAAGCGAAGAACCCGAACCUGCCGCUGUCGCGUCACGCUAGCAACACAUCAAUACCUACACGCUCCACGCCCGAGCUGCGACCCGUUCGUAAGAGCAGCAAGUCGUCACUCGUCGACAGCGGGCCGGACCCAGACGAAGACGAACAGGCCAAAAAGGAGGUUCACAAAGCGGCCGAACAGGGCCGCCGGAACCGUCUCAACACAGCGCUCGCAGAGCUCCAUACUCUCGUGCCCGCAGAAAUGAAAGAAGCGGUGCUUAUUCCGUCGAAAGCGACGACGGUGGAGAUGGCCUGCACUUAUAUUCGGCAGCUAAUCCAACGGGUAGAGGAGCUUCAGCGGUAA